UGUCACUUGAACGGGGAAGCGACGUUUGUAGGCAGGACUUUCACACACAGCCUCUACUGUUGUCUGCCGUGAGUGUGUGUGUGUGUGUGUGUGUGUGUAAACUCUGUACUCCGUCGUCGGGUUGUCUCGUCUCGUUAACGGACUCAGAAAAUGACGUCAAACAUCCCCCUCUCUCGCUCCGAGGUGUUCGGGGAGCUGAGGAAGGAGCUGCAUGAUGAUAAAGCCUUCAGUCAGUCCGACGUUCACAUCUUCAUCAUCAUGGGAGCUUCGGGGGAUCUGGCUAAGAAGAAAAUCUACCCAACUCUGUGGUGGUUGUUCAGAGACGGCCUCCUCCCUGAGCAGACAUAUUUUGUGGGCUUUGCGCGCUCUGACUUGACUGUUGAAGCCAUUCGAAAAAAUUGCAUGCCAUACCUGAAGGUGACGGAAAAAGACACAGAGCGGUUGUCAGCCUUCUUCGGCAGGAACACGUACAUCAGUGGGAAAUAUGUAGAGGAGAGUUCCUUCUCCAAACUCAACGAACACAUCCACUCUCUGCCCGGAGGAAACGAGGCAAACCGUCUCUUCUACCUGGCGUUGCCGCCCACCGUCUACCAUGAUGUUACCAAGAACAUCAAGCUCUGCUGUAUGAGCACAAAAGGCUGGAACAGGGUGAUCGUGGAGAAGCCUUUUGGACACGACCUUCAGAGCUCCGAAGAGCUGUCCACUCACCUCUCGUCCCUCUUCACUGAAGAUCAAAUUUACCGUAUAGAUCACUAUCUGGGCAAGGAGAUGGUGCAGAACCUCAUGGUGCUCAGGUUUGGGAACCGAAUCUUUGGGCCAAUCUGGAACAGGGACAGCGUGGCCUGCGUUGUUCUCACCUUUAAAGAACCUUUUGGCACGCAGGGACGAGGAGGCUACUUUGAUGAUUUUGGUAUCAUCCGCGAUGUCAUGCAGAACCACUUGCUCCAGAUGCUUUGCCUGGUUGCCAUGGAGAAACCAGCUUCCACCAGCUCUGAUGACGUCAGGGAUGAAAAGGUGAAGGUGUUGAAGUGCAUCGCUCCGGUGUCCAUGUCAGACGUGGUGCUGGGUCAGUAUGUCGGGGAUCCAGAGGGUGAGGGAGACGCCAAACUUGGUUAUCUCGAUGAUCCCACAGUUCCUAAAGGAUCAACUCAGGCCACCUUCACUGCCGCAGUAGUCUAUGUGCACAACGAACGCUGGGACGGUGUUCCUUUCAUCCUUCGCUGCGGAAAAGCUCUAAAUGAGAGGAAAGCCGAGGUGCGGCUGCAGUUCACAGACGUCCCGGGGGAUAUUUUUGAAAAUCAGUGUCGCAGGAAUGAGUUAGUGGUGCGCGUGCAGCCCAACGAGGCCGUCUACGCCAAGAUGAUGAGCAAGAAACCCGGCGUCUACUUUAGCCCUGAGGAGACUGAGCUGGACCUCACCUACAAGAGUAGAUACAAGGAUGUGAAGCUUCCAGACGCUUACGAGCGUCUCAUCUUGGACGUCUUCUGUGGGAGUCAAAUGCACUUUGUGCGCAGUGAUGAACUGAGGGAAGCAUGGAGGAUCUUCACACCUCUUCUUCAUUACAUAGACAGAGAAAAGCCGAAACCCAUUCCUUACAAAUAUGGAAGCCGCGGACCAACAGAAGCAGACGACCUCGCAAAGAGAGUUGGAUUUCGUUAUGAAGGUACUUACAAAUGGGUCAACCCUCACAGACUGUAAAUUGAGAUGAGAUGAGGGAGGAGUAGAGGUUAGGGCAGCAGGAGGGGUGCAGCGGGGUGAGAGAGCCGUGUUCCAACGCCGAAGUCGCUUUUGUGAAAGGAGGCGCUUCGGCCAUGUGGAUCCAUCACAGUAGCAGAAGGAAGAUAUUAUUUCUCAGGUAUGGCAAUCAUUCCUCUGAGCCAAUUUAUCAGACAUUCAGAAGAGAAUGAUAAAUGUAUACUGGCAUCAUGGACUUUAACCAGAUUAGGUGGUAGUUGUUUUGUGUUUUUCAUACAUUGACAGCAGCUUUCCAUUUGUAUUUGAGAGGUGGGACCAAGUCAGUUGGAGAGAGAACAACAAAAAAAAGAAAAUCUGAAUCAAGAUAUUUUUUGAACAAAAUAACUGUCUGAUGAACUGGCUCCAGGACUUUAUAUAAAGAUUGACAACAUGUCCCCACUUACCCUCGCUAUGCUUAAGUGAGGCUAAAAUAUCCGGUAUACGGGCGCUGACAUCAUGCACUGGUGAAGUCAUUCGUAGCUAGACAGUAGCGUUAUCCACGGUGGGGGAGUUCCCGCCAAAACACCCGUCCGCGAAUCGUGUUUUUGAAAAACAAGCACAAAUAUUGCCGGUCACAGAUUUUAAUCACAGCGGAAAAUCCCCUUUUUGUAGAAUUGAUUUACUCAUAAAAACCAAAUUUAGAAAAAUGAUCACUUGAACAAACAUCG